UUGGCUUCUCCUGUCUUGAAAGUCGCUCUGUUUUUUUCCUCCUCCGGUAAAAGACAGAGAACGCAGCUGGUGUCCUAGCCGCGUCUUUCCAACCACGAGCCCACCUGCAUUGCCCACUGCGAUUCCUCGUUUGAUGGUUUCUUUUCUCCACAACAUGACGGACCAAAACCAGCUGUCCUUCUCCCCCUCCUUCUCCUCCUCCUCCUCCCCCUCCUCCUCCUCCUCCUCCUCCUCCUCCUCUCCUUCUUCAUUCCCUAUUUCUACCUUCAAGUCGCCGGUGGGCUCCGUCCGUAGCCAGCAGUCCUGCUCCCUCCUGACCGACACUGAGGACUUCAACAUCAUUCUGUACCAUUACAACCUCACCGGACGGCUGAGCCACCGGCGACCUGAGGAAGACCACCUCGACGUCCUCAAGAUCAUCAUCAUCGCCGCCAGCUGCCUCAUCAUUUUGGAAAACCUGGUGGUCCUGCUGGCCAUCGUCUUGAAGGUGAGAAGCCGGCGUUGGAUUUUCACCUGCCUGGCCAGCAUCUCCUCCAGCGACCUGCUGGCUGGGAUCGCUUACUUGAUCAACCUCUGCCUGUCGGGCCGGACGACCUUCCAGCUAACGCCCUACAUGUGGUUUCUCCGCGAGGGGAUCCUUUUCAUCGCCUUGGCGGCCUCCAUCUUCAGCCUGCUGGUGACGGCCAUCGAGCGCUUCAGUGUCAUGGUGAGGCCCAUCGCGGAAAGCGAGUCCGUCAAGACCAGCCGCCUGCGCAACAGUAUUUUCUUCUCCUGGCUUUUGGCCUUCGUCAUUGGCCUGCUUCCCUUGCUUGGCUGGAACUGCAUUUGCGACGUGCCGCACUGCUCCACCUUACUCCCGCUUUACUCCAAGAACUACAUCCUCUUCACCGUCGUCAUGUUCAGCAUCAUCCUGGUGGGCGUGGUGAGCCUCUACUGCUCCAUCUAUUGCUGGGUUGGGAGACGGGCCAAGCUGGGCUUCUCCAGCGGAUGCCGGAUGAGAUCCCUGCGGCUGCUGAAGACGGUGCUCAUCAUCCUCUUCACCUUCCUGGUCUGCUGGAUCCCCCUCUUCGUCUUGCUGCUGCUUGACUUCUUCAACGGGAGCAGAGCCCCGGAGCUGCAGAAGAUCUUCGGCUGGUUUGUCACCUUGGCGGUCUUCAACUCCUUCAUCAACCCCAUCAUCUACUCCUUGAAGAGCAAAGAGGUCAGGAGAGCCGUGGCAGAGCUUCUCUGCUGCUGCUGCAUCUCGGCAGGGUGGCGAGGCCCCCGCGGAUGCCUCGCCCCCAGUGACCACCUCCCCAGCUCGACCACGGAGGUGGGGAGCUCCUUGAAGGUGCGCGAGAGCUUCCGAAGCCCCGCGAUACAGAAACGGACCGCCAGGAAAGAGCCUCUCUCCAGCAACUCCAGCGUGUUGAGCGCUUUGGUGGUCAGCGAUGGUUUUGGCCAGCCUUGCCUGCAAGCAUAGGAGAUGGUGGUUUUCUGCAAUGUACGGAGACCUUAGAAUGGCCGAUGCCCGAUGAGGGACUUGCUCA